CUGGAAAAAUCUUUCCACCCUCGAAGGUGGAAAAAAAUUUCUGGAGAAGGAAAAAUGCCCGUGAGGGCUUCCUUCGCUUUCACGGUCUUGUUUCCAGACGAAGACAGAAGGGGACGGCAGCUCUGUCUUCCGCAGUAGCUCUUCCCCGCAGAUUGGGAGGCUCCCCUGUGCCCUCGACCCCUGCUUUCGCAGAUGUCUCUCCCCCCGACUGCCAAAGCGCGAGCGACAAAUCUGUAGCAGAUAGUUUUGGCCUUCCGAGACAUACUGCUUCGGCAACUCAUCCGACCUGCUUCUCAAACCCUCUAGCAUACCAACGGCUACGUUGUUUGUGUUUUUCAGUCACCGACAACCACGCAUGGCGAGCGGCGAAGGUAGGGGCGGUGACCAGCGACUGAAGGCGGUGACCGGAAACAAAAGGCGACGACCGGCGAUGGCAGACGAUCUCCGGCAACGGCACGCGGCGAACGGCGAUGUUUCUUAGAGUGAAAGCAAGGGUUUUCUUGGUGCACUAGUGAGCAGCUUCUUUGUAGUGGGUGUGAUCUUUCUGUCAAGAUGCUUCCCUUGUCCCUGCUGAAGACGGCACAGGGACAUCCCAUGUUGGUGGAGCUUAAGAAUGGAGAGACAUACAAUGGUCACUUGGUAAAUUGUGAUAGCUGGAUGAAUAUUCAUUUACGUGAAGUCAUUUGUACAUCUAAGGAUGGAGAUCGUUUUUGGCGAAUGCCAGAGUGUUAUAUUCGUGGAAAUACCAUCAAAUAUCUUAGAGUUCCCGAUGAGGUGAUCGACAAAGUUCAAGAAGAAACUAAUAAAAGCCGAACAGAUAGAAAACCUCCAGGUGUAGGGCGUGGAAGGGGAAGAGGCAGAGAUGACAGCAGUGGCCGACCAGCAAAGAGCAUUGGGCGGGGCCAAGAAGAUGGAUCUGGUAAAGGUGGUGGCAGUGGUCGUGGUAGGGGUGGAUCUGGAGGCAAAGGUGCUGGGAGUAAAGGUGGUGGACGUGGACGUGGUUGAUCUGUUGCAUUGCAGAGGGUAAUGGGCAAAAAGGUGCACAAUGAAUGAAGUUUCAAAGGUUUUAUCAUCGCUGCAGCAUCUUGUUGAAGACGUUAUACUUCUCGUGGUAUUGGGCUUGUGGAUGUAAGAAUAUAUAUUACGGUGACCUUUCACCAAAAGCUAAUGGUUAGGGAUGAAAGAUUUGCAGGUUACAAUUCCUUUGGUUUAAAUAGAAUCUGAUAUUUGUUUGGUUGGCUCUUAUUUUGCUUUUCUAUUGCCUGGUCAUUUACUUUUCAUGUCACAUUUUCCGUUGGUUUAUAUAGUUUAACUGACUUUUAGUA